UCCCCUUCCUCUGGUCCCAGCAGCUUUGGAACAGCUACGAGGUGUCAGUAUCUUCUCUAAGCUCGAUCUCCGAAGCGCCUACAAUCUCUUCCGCAUUAGAAGAGGCGAUGAAUGGAAGACUGCCUUCAUAACCCCGUCAGGACACUACGAAUACCGGGUUAUGCCGUAUGGCCUGUCCAACUCCCCAUCCGUCUUCCAGAACUAUAUGAAUGGGAUCUUCCGUGAGUACCUGAAUCGCUUUGUCAUCAUCUAUAUAGACGAUAUCCUGAUAUACUCCAGUGAGUAAACGGGCUCGUACUACAGAUGAGCCGCGCACAGUCUCGCUGUCUGACAUGUUCGAUGAGAUCCUCCAAGAGAAUAACCCAUUUGCAAGACAGAGGACAAGCUCGAUCGCUCAACAGUUAGAUGGGUAUCUCUCAGAAGUCCCCAUCCCCAGGAGCAAUAACCCUCUCGAAUUUUGGAGGACCAAUCAAGGCUGCUUUCCCGACCUGGCGCAGAUGGCACGCAGGUACUUGUCUGCUCCAUGCACAAGCACCGACAGUGAGAGACUGUUUAGUGCUGAAUCUCAUGUCAUCGAUGAGAAGAGGAACCGACUUUCAUGUGAGAAAGCAGAGAAGCUACUUUUCAUAAAGAAGAACCUGCCACUUUUCCUGAAGAAGUAGGCUAAGUAGGCUUAUGUCUAGGACAGUUAUUCAUUUGUUGUGGGUUCAUCCACAUUUUUUGCACUAUUCAAU